AUGUGUUCAACUAGAAAACGUAAAGAAUAUCACAUGAAAGGUCGAGAACUUUAUAGAAAAGGUCAAAUUCGUGAAGCCAUGGCGUUUUUAGAGAAAAGUAUUGACAUUACACCAGAGAUGGCAUAUAAAUUUAUUCAAGCUUUACGGGAUGAAAAUGUGGAAUAUGUUGUUGCGCCUUAUGAGGCUGACGCCCAACUAGCAUAUCUCGAAAAAAAAAAUAAGAUUGCUGCUAUAAUUACGGAAGAUUCUGAUUUACUUGUAUUUGGUUGCAAGACCGUUAUUUAUAAAAUGGAUUCUAAUGGGAAUGGUAUAGAGAUAUCUCGGGAUAAAUUUGGACAAGUACAAGAAAUAAACAUGCUUGGGUGGACUGACAAGCAAUUUCGACAUAUGACGAUGUUAUCAGGAUGCGAUUAUUUGCCAUCAAUUUUUGGUAUAGGACUAAAAUCAGCGUACAAAUAUGUGAGAAAAUUUAAAACCGCAGAAAAGGUUCCACCGGAUUAUUCAUAUAACUUCAAGCGCGCAGAAUUGGCAUUCUUAUACCAACGUGUAUUCGAUAUUGAGAAGAAAUGUUUAGUCACACUAAAUCCCAUUCCUGAAGAUUUGGAUAUCAAUCUUGAUACCAACUUUAUUGGACCGUAUCCUUUGUUUCAAAGAAGUAUAAAUUUAAUAACUACAGCUUAUAUAUGUGAAACAAUGGGUGUAGAUCCGUUCUUUCAGGAUUUGAACGCUUUUACAAAUGAGAACUCAUCGAAUCAUAAACAUGAAAUGAAUGCGAUUAUAGGUGAUAUAAAGGCUGGUGCGAUUGAAAUGCGUGAGAAUAAAAUAACACCAAGUUUGAUAGAAGCGUCUUUGGAUAGCCCCACUGAAGUUGAUCUGGAUGUAAUUUCUGAGGUUUCGGAUCAAAAUCAACAUGGAACAACUCUUAAAAAAAGACGAUUAAACGAACUAUCACAUAAUAAUAUAGCUGCAAUUGAUUGUUCGGAAUCAUCAAUUCAUGACAAAAAAUUAAUGAUUAAAAAUGGAAUUUUGUGUUUUAAGCAAAGCCAAGAUCAAAAACCAUAUGCUUCAG